AAUGUCUUAAGAACUAUAUUAAUUAUUAGUGUUAGCAUAUACUAGUACAGACAAUGCAAUUAGACAACAGGCUGAAGCUAAGUUGAUAAGUGGAGUAAUAGAGAAUAUCUAAAAUUUCUAAUCGAUAGCUUAGAUAGCAAAGAGUUAGGAUAGCAGUAUAUAAUAAAUAAAAUAAAAUAAGUGUAACAUUAGGCAGCAAGUUUGUUAAAUUCAGUAGUUUUAAGGAUGUUAUAAAGUAAUAGUAUGAAAUUUGCACUUAUUAUUUUAGUUGAAUUAUAAUUGGAACAUGCUCAAUUAGUGUUUGAUGUGAUAAUAUCAUAAUAGACUUCAUUGAAGUGCAAACAAUUAUUGUAAAAAUCUAUGAGUUUAUUGAUUAAAUUAAAUAAAAGUAAAACACUUCAUAAUUAAAUUGAUAGAAAUUAAGCCAGAAAUCGAAAACAAAAUGAAGUAAUUAGUAAAGAGUGAUUAAAUAUGGGAAAUACAAUCAGGAUUAUUUUUCUUUAAGACAUUGAUUGAUUCUUUAGAUUUGUCAUAAUAUAAUCUAAUAUUGAAUUAAGGAUUAGAUUGGAUAAAAGAUUUCUUUGAUUUAAUAUAUCCAUUAUUGAAGUAAUUGGAUGAAUAAUUAGAUAAUUUAACUGAAGAAUAUAUAAUCACUAUUAGAUAUUACAUAUAAAUUGUAAGUGAAUAUUGUGAGAAAUUAUUUAAAUAAAAGGCUCAUAAUAAAGAAUCAUUGAUUCCACUUUAAAAUAUGAUGUUUAAAUUAAAUUCAUUUUAAUUAACCUUAUUUACUAUUUUUAAAUACUCACCUUCAAAUAAUGUAAUAAAAAGUUGUAUCAUUUCUUGCACAAAUAAUGAACAAUUUGAUAAUAAAAUAAAUGAAAUUAAAAUGUAUGGAUUAAAAUGUCUUUAAUUAUUAAUAAAUUUAUUAAUAAGCAAAAGUAAAAAUGAAUAAAGGAAUAGUGUAUUUUAUAAUCAAUAAUCUAAUUUGUGUUAGUUAUUGUUAUAUUCUAUAUUUGCAUAUACAAGAUAAACAAAAAUCCAAGAUAUUUUAUAGUAAUUACUAAGCUAUAAUUAGGAAACAAUUUCUACCGAGUAUUUUGAGUAGUAUGUUGAGAUUAUUGGCACAUUUAGGUGGAUAAACUGAACUAUAUCAUUAUUUCCAAGAAUCUAAAGGUCUUUUGAUUACAGAUAUUAUCUAUCCAUUUUUAAUUACUACUAAAAAUGAAUAUCAAUUAAUGAAAGAGUAACCAGAAGAAUUUGUUAAUAUUGCAUUAGAUGUUGUUGAUAAAUAAGAAUCAGAUUUACCAAAAACAGCAGCAACAACUUUACUUGAAACAUUAUGUGAUCAUAUAGAUGGAUCAACAUCUUAUUUAGCAUAAAUGGCUAUAGUUGUAAUAUCUUCUGCAAUUUUGGAAUUGUCACAAUCUUAAUUAAGUAAAUAAUAAUAACAAAUUAUAUUAACAGAUAUAUAAUAGAUAUCUGAUAAAAAAUUAUUCUAAGAAUUUACUGCUGUUGAUAGAAUAGAAAGUAGUUUAAUGAUUUUAGCUAUUAUAAGUUAUUUAGUUUAAAAAAGAUAGGAUAUUAUAUAAUUAAUGGAAUAAUUGUUAUAAUCAAAUCUUUUAUUCUUUACUAACACAACUGAAUAAAUUAUAAAAGUUAGAUUUGCAUUAUUUUUUGGUUAUUAUUGUGAUAAUUUAUUUAAAGUGGAAUCCUAAUUUUCACUUAUGUUAAAUUACAUAUAAUUAUUGAUAACUUAUGCCAAACCAUAAGAACCUGUUGUAUUGUAUUAAUCUAUUGAUGCAUUAAAAGAUAUUUUUGAAAAUGAUGAAUUGAAACAUAAAACUGGAAGUUUAGUGGUUAAUGUAUUUCCAUCCUUAAUAAAUGGUUUGAGAUUUAGUACUUAUGAAAGACAUUUUGAAAUGAUAGGAAAUCUACUUAAGAAGUUCCCUUCUAUAUUCAUUGCAAAUGAAACUUACAUAAUCAAUCUAAUUUAAAUAUUAGUCUAAAGAAUAAUAUUAGAAGAAAAAUAGAUAAAGACAAAUAAUGAUUCAACUAGAUAUAUUCAUCUCAAUAGAUGUUGGAAUCUUAUUAGAUAAUUACCAUCAAUUAAUGAAUUUUCACCUCUUCUUCUUAAAAUUGAAUAAGCUAUGCAACCAAUUUAUGAAUCAAUUGUUAUCUAAGAUAAUCCAAUGAAUUUUGAUGAAGAUUUAAUAUUGUUUAUCUCUUCUGUUAUCUAAAAAAUUUAAUCAAUUACUCAAUUCCAAAAAGACAUCUUACCUUACUUUUCUAAAAUCAUCACCAAACAAUCUGGAAAAUUUGUAUAUUUGUAUGAAACAUUAAAUAUGUAUAUGUAUUAUGGAAGAAGUUAUUUCUUAUAAGAGUAAGCACAAACAAUUUAUUUUUAAUUAUGUCUUCAAAGUUUGAUAUAAGAAGAAGCUUUUGAAGAUAUCGAUUUAGCUGAAGGUGCACUAUUAAUCUAAUUAGGAAUUUAAAUACUACAGAAUGAUAUCAAUUAAACUAUAUUAACUUAAGUGUUCUAAUAAGUACUUUAAUUAAUUGCUAAAGAGAAUGUUACAGGAAUUAUUCGUUCUAGAAUUACAGCAAUAUUUUUGGUGGCUUUUUAUUAUAUUCCAUAAUAAUCAUAUUAAAUAUUGGGUGAACUUUUUUAAAAUGUUUAUUAAAAAGUCUUAAUAACUCAAUAUCAUGCAGGUUAUGAUAUUAAAUUAUUUAUAAUUACAAUUUGUAAAUUAAUUUAAUCAACUCCUUAAUUAUUGAAUGCAGAAUUAAUAUAAAUAAUUAUUAGGAAUUUAGAAAUUUAAGAAAAUGAUGAAAAAACAGAUAAAACAGAUUUUGAGUAAAUUAAUUAUUAAUUAUAUAGUGAUGAUAUGAUGGAUGAUGAUGAAGAAGAGGAGGAAAUUUUAGAAGAAGAGGAAAGACAAUAGGCUAAAUAAUAAAUUGAAUUACUUAAAAGUGAUUUAUAAAAUAUUGAUGAAUUCACACUUUUUAGAAACACUCUAUUGAGUUUCAAAACUUAGUAAAAUUUAAGUUUAUAUUAGAUAUCCAAAUAUUAUUGAAUCAAUUAAAUAAACUCUUGAUCAUUCAAAUUAAUAAAAAUUAAACAAUUAUCUAAAAUUUAUGAGAAUUGAUAAAAGUGAGAAUGCAAGGAAAGUAAAACUUUAUAUAUAUAUAUAAUUUAAGGUUAUGACAACUGGUAAAAGAAAAAUUAGAUAAAAUAUAUGA